AUGCAGGGCCCGCUGCUGCUGCCCGCCGCCCACCUUCUCUGCGUGUGCGCCGCCGCGCUGGCCGCGGCCCCCGGGCCCCAGUUUCUGGUGACAGCCCCAGGGAUCAUCAGGCCUGGAGGAAAUGUGACUAUUGGGGUGGAGCUUCUGGAACACAGCCCCUCACAGGUCACGGUGAAGGCGGAGGUGUUUAAGACGGUAUCAAACCUCACCGUCUCUGUCCUGGAAGCAGAAGGAGUCUUUGAAAAAGGCUCUUUCAAGACACUAAUUCUUCCAUCACUACCUCUGAACAGUGCAGAUGAGAUCUAUGAACUACGUGUGACUGGACGUGCCCAGGAUGAGAUUUUAUUCUCCAAUAGUACGCGCCUAUCAUUUGAGACCAAGAGAAUAUCUGUCUUCAUUCAAACAGACAAGGCCCUAUACAAGCCAAAGCAAGAAGUGAAGUUUCGUAUUGUUACACUCUUCUCAGACUUCAAGCCUUACAAAACCUCUUUAAACAUUCUAAUUAAGGACCCCAAAUCAAAUUUGAUCCAACAGUGGUUGUCACAACAAAGUGAUCUUGGAGUCAUUUCUAAAACUUUUCAAUUAUCUUCCCAUCCAAUACUUGGUGACUGGUCCAUUCAAGUUCAAGUGAAUGACCAGACAUACUAUCAAUCAUUUCAGGUUUCAGAAUACGUAUUACCAAAAUUUGAAGUGGCUUUGCAGACACCAUUAUAUUGCUCUUUGAAUUCUAAGAAUUUAAACGGUACCAUUACGGCAAAGUAUACAUAUGGGAAGCCAGUGAAAGGAGAUGUAACAGUUACAUUUUUACCUUUAUCCUUUUGGGGAGAGAAAAAAAAUAUUACAAAAAAAUUUAAGAUAAAUGGGUCUGCAAACUUCUCCUUUAAUGAUGAAGAGAUGAAAAAAGUGAUGGAGUUUUCAGAGGAGUUGUCUGAACACGUGGAUCCGUCUUCUCCUGGGCCUGUAGAAAUUUUAGCCACAGUGACAGAAUCACUCACAGGUAUCUCAAGAAAUACAAGCUCCAAUGUAUUUUUCAAGCAAUAUGAUUACAUCAUUGAAUUUUUUGAUUAUGCCACCAUCUUGAAGCCAGCUCUCAACUUCACAGCCACUGUGAAGGUAACCCGCUCUGAUGGCAAUCGACUGACUCUCGAAGAAAGAAGAAAUAAUAUAGUUAUAGAAGUGACACAGAGAAACCAUACUGAGUACUGGAGCAGAUGGAACAGAGGAAAUCAGGAAAUGAAAGCUGUCCAGAUCUUAAAUUAUACUGUCCCCCCAAAUGGAACCUUUAAGAUUGAAUUCCCAAUCCUGGACUCUUGCAGUGAGCUACAAUUGAAGGCCUAUUUUCUUGAUAGUGUAAGUAACAUGGAAGUUCGUGGUAUGUUUAUGUCUCCUAGUAAGACAUACAUCCAGCUAAAAACAAGAGAUGAAAAUAUAAAGGUGGGGUCACCUUUUGAGUUGGUGGUUAGUGGCAACAAGCAAUUGAAGGAGUUAAGCUAUAUGGUAGUAUCCAGGGGACAGUUGGUGGCUGUAGGCAAACAAAAUUCAACAACCUUCUCUUUAACACCAGAAAAUUCUUGGGCUCCAAAAGCUUGUAUAAUUGUGUAUUAUGUGGAAGAAGAUGGGGAAAUUAUAAAUGAUGUUCUAAAAAUUCCUGUUCAGCUUGUUUUUAAAAAUAAGAUAAAGCUAUUUUGGAGUAAAGCUAAUGCUGAACCUUCUGAGAAAGUCUCUCUUAGGAUCUCUGUGACACAGCCUGACUCAAUAGUUGGGAUUGUAGCUGUUGACAAAAGUGUGAAUCUGAUGAAUACCUCAAAUGAUAUUACCAUGGAAAAUGUUGUCCAUGAGUUGGAACUUUAUAACACAGGAUAUUAUUUAGGCAUGUUCAUGAAUUCUUUUGCAGUCUUUCAGGAAUGUGGCCUCUGGGUAUUGACGGAUGCAAAGCUUACAAAGGAUUAUAUUGAUGGCGUUUAUGACACUGCAGAGUAUGCUGAGAGGUUUGUGGAGGAAAGUGAAGGAUACAUGGUAGAUAUUCAUGACUUUUCUUCAGUUGGCAGUCCACGUGUCAGAAAGCAUUUUCCAGAGACUUGGAUUUGGCUAGACACCAACAUGGGUUCCAGGAUUUACCAAGAAUUUGAAGUUACUGUACCCGAUUCUAUCACUUCUUGGGUGGCUACUGGUUUUGUGCUCUCUGAGGACUUAGGUCUUGGACUAACAACUACUCCAGUGGAGCUACAAGCCUUCCAACCAUUUUUCAUUUUUUUGAAUCUUCCCUACUCUGUUAUCAGAGGUGAAGAAUUUGCUUUGGAAGUAACCAUAUUCAAUUAUUUGAAAGAUGCCACUGAGGUUAAGGUAAUCAUUGAGCAAAGUGACAAAUUUGAUAUUCUAAUGACUUCAAAUGAAAUAAAUGCCACAGGACACCUGCAGACCAUUCUGGUUCCCAGUGAAGAUGGAGCCACUGUUCUUUUCCCUGUCAGGCCCACGCACCUGGGAGAGGUUCCUGUCACAGUCACAGCUGUUUCACCCACUGCUUCUGAUGCUGUCACCCAGAGGAUUUUAGUAAAGGCCGAAGGAAUAGAAAAAUCACAUUCGCAAUCCAUUUUAUUAGACUUGACUGACAACAAGCCACAAACUAUCCUGAAAACUUUGAGUUUCUCGUUUCCUCCUGAUACUGUGACUGGCAGUGAAAGAGUACAGAUCACUGCAAUUGGAGAUAUUCUAGGUCCUUCCAUCAAUGGCUUAGCCUCAUUGAUUCGGAUGCCUUAUGGCUGUGGUGAACAGAACAUGAUAAAUUUUGCUCCAAAUAUUUAUGUUUUGGAUUAUCUGACUAAAAAGAAACAACUGACAGACAAUUUGAAAGAAAAAGCUCUUUCAUUUAUGAGGCAAGGUUACCAGAGAGAACUUCUCUAUCAAAGGGAAGAUGGCUCUUUCAGUGCUUUUGGGAAUGAUGACCCUUCUGGGAGCACUUGGUUGUCAGCUUUUGUUUUAAGAUGUUUCCUUGAAGCUGAUCCGUACAUAGAUAUUGACCAGAAUGUGUUACACAGAACCUACACUUGGCUUAAAGGACGUCAAAAAUCCAAUGGCGAAUUUUGGGAACCAGGAAGAGUGAUCCAUAGUGAGCUUCAAGGUGGCAACAAAAGCCCAGUAACACUUACAGCCUAUAUUGUGACUUCUCUCCUGGGAUAUAAAAAGUAUCAGCCUAAUAUUGAUGUGCAAGAGUCUAUCAGUUUUCUGGAGUCUGAAUUCAAUAGAGGAAUUUCUGACAACUACACUUUAGCUCUUAUAACGUACGCGUUGUCCUCAGUGGGGAGUCCUAAAGCGAAGGAAGCUUUGAAUAUGCUGACUUGGAGAGCAGAACAAGAAGGAGACAUGCAGUUCUGGGUGUCAUCAGUGUCCAAACUUUCUGACUCCUGGCAGCCACGCUCCCUGGAUAUUGAGGUGGCGGCCUAUGCACUUCUCUCGCACUUCCUGCAGCUGCAGGUUUCUGAGGGAAUCCCAAUUAUGAGGUGGCUGAGCAGGCAAAGAAAUAGCUUGGGAGGUUUUGCAUCUACCCAGGAUACCAUUGUGGCCUUAAAGGCCCUGUCGGAAUUUGCAGCCCUAAUGAAUACAGAAAGGACACAUAUCCAAGUGACCGUGAUAGGGCCCAGCUCACCACAACCUGUCACGUUUCUGAUUGACACACACAACCGCUUGCUCCUUCAGACAGCUGAGCUUGCUGUGGUAAAGCCAACUGUAGUUAAUAUUUCUGCAAAUGGUUUUGGAUUUGCUAUUUGUCAGCUCAAUGUUAUUUAUAAUGUGAAAGAUUCAGGGUUUUCUAGAAGACGAAGAUCUACUCAGAAUCAAGAAGCCUUUGAUUUAGAUGUUGCUGUAAAAGAUGAUGAAGAUGAUAUCAAUCACGUGAAUCUGAAUGUAUGUACAAGGUUUUUGGGUCCAGAUAGGAGUGGCAUGGCCCUCAUGGAAGUUAACCUACUCAGUGGCUUUACUGUGUCUUCAGACGCAAUCCCUCUGAGUGAGACAGUGAAGAAAGUGGAACACGAUCAUGGAAAACUCAACCUCUAUUUAGAUUCUGUAAAUGAAACACAGUUUUGUGUGGAUAUUCCUGCUGUGAGAAACUUUAAAGUUUCAAAUACCCAAGAUGCUUCCGUAUCCAUAGUGGAUUAUUAUGAACCAAGGAGACACGCGGUGAGAAGUUACAACUCCAAAGCGAAGCUGUUCGUCUGUGACCUUUGCAGAGACAUCCAGGGCUGCAGUCCUUGUGAGGUUGCAGCUUCAGUCUCCCUUCAUCACUCUUCAGUCAUUUUCAUUUGCUGUUUCAUGCUUCUGAGCUCUUUGCAGCUUUGGCUGUGAUUUAUUUUUUAAGGACUCCAUGUAACACUAACAUUUCUAGA